CUCCCCCAGAUAUGCGUUCUUGGAUCCCAGUCGGCUGGGAAAUCAUCUCUCAUCGAGGCGAUCUCAGGUGUCCCCCUUCCAAGAGCAUCGGGCACAUGCACAAGGUGUCCUACUGAGUGCAUUCUAAUUCAGACAGAUGGCCCUUGGUCCUGUGAGAUCUGCCUCCGAUUUCAGUAUGAUGGUCAGGGCCAGCAACUGGCGUCCCACCGUAGAAUCCCAUUUGGCGCAGAGAUCACUAACCCAGCAGAUGUCGAAGACAGGCUCAGACGAGCCCAGGAAGCCAUAUUGAGUCCCGCAUUAGAUGACCCAAAUUUCCCAGAUUCCUUUCUCAAUAACGAAAGGGCUCCCAAUGCCAGGACCGUUUCAUUUUCACAUAAUUUCAUUAGCAUGACCAUCAAGGGACCGGACGUCGUCGACUUGUCCUUCGUCGACCUCCCAGGCAUUAUUGCGAGUGUUGGCAGCGGGGGCCAUCAGUCCGACAUUGAGAAUGUCAAGAGUCUUGCGACCCGCUACGUUUCCAUUCAGAAAAGUAUUGUCCUCCUUGCGGUAACAUGCGAUACCGACUUCGAAAAUCAGGGUGCGUGGCAGAUCGACAAGAACCACGAUCCGCAGGGCGUUCGCACUAUUGGUGUUCUCACCAAGCCCGACCGAAUUGAGCCCGGGAACGAGGGUCCAUGGUUUUCCCUCUUACGAAAUGAGAGAGAGCAUCUUGAACAUGAAUGGUUUUGUGUCAAACUGCCUGGACCAGAGGAUCUGCGCAACCGCAUCAGUAGAGCUGAAGCCCGGGAAAGGGAGAACCAGUUUUUUGGGCAGCCGCCGUGGUCAUCUAUGCAUGAUGUGCAGCCACGACUCACCGUGGAGAGCUUGGUGGAGCGGCUCAGCGAGGUGUUAUCGGAAGCAAUUGCUGGAAACCUGCCAGAUAUCCAAGCCCAAAUUUCAGAAAAAAUCUUGGAAACCGAAGCAGAGAUAAAAGCGCUUCCCGUCGACCACAGCGACGACCCCGUCAAUACGCUUCUUAAGAUGCUUGGCGAAUUUUGCAGAAGUGUGCAGGUCGAAAUUGAAGGCACGCCAUCAUCUGAAGGUCUCAUUCAAAAAAUUAGGCGUCACCUUAUCGACUUCCGGAACGAGCUACGCGGUACUGCACCGCGCUUUGUACCUUUCGACAAAGGAUCGCGUGAAGCUCGUGAGGUUCCCUUCAUUGAGUUUCUCGAUGAGCAAGAAAGGGAUUUAGGUGACAAGGGUACGCUUCCGAUCAUCUAUCUCGACGAAGUCAAGAGAAUUGCGGAGGAGUCUAUAUCGCGUGAAUUGCCCAAGAAUGUACCUUUCGCAGUCAAACGGGAGCUUAUUCGCCGGUCUAUCCUCAGGUGGAGAGAACCAUGUGAAACACUGUUUAGCAGGGUGCAGAGCACUGUCGAGGAGCAUUUCGAUCCAAUUGUUCACAACCAAUUUGAUCAGUUCCUGACACUCUUUCAGGCCGUCAACAUUGCACUAAGCGAUCAGCGCUCGGCUUGCCGUGCAGUGACUGCAGCCAAGAUAGAGUGGAUGCGCAAAGUGGAGGAGACGGCCACAUUUACUCUCAACACAAAUUACCUGGAGAAUUAUAGGGUCAAAUUCGAAGAGAAGUACAAAAGCCUUCGACGUAAGAGGGCUACUAGUUACUCCGAUGCAAUCCGUAAGUUACUGCACCCUGAGAGUCAUGCAGGGGAUUCCAAGCCAUACAAUGGUCGCUUCUAUGCAGAAGGGUCUGUGCCUGCUCCCAGCGAGCGAGACAAACGCGAUGCUCUCCUCCGUGCCCUCACGGACUUUGGUCUGCCAAGUAGCGUUGAAGACGUGCUUAAGCUCUUGCCUAGCGAUUCCGCCGAUGAAGCUAUUGAAAUCAUGUCAGAUGUUCGAGCGUACUGGCAAGUUGCAUUCAAACGGUUUGACGACUAUAUUUCCCUGGCGAUCGAUAUGGACUACGUUCGAGGCUUCGGGGAAGAGUUGAUCGCAAGGCUGAUACGGCGGCUCAAUGCAACUGACGAGGAUCGUUGCAGAGAGUACUUCGCACUGCCUCCACAUGUGGCAGCGCAUCUUAGGACGCUUCAGGAGAGACUGAGGCGCUUGGAGGAGGCUCAGAGGGAAAUCCAGACAUGGGCUGCAUGA